UGAAGAAUCGUGGCAGAAGGUAAAAGAAACAAAAACAAACAAAAAAAGAAAAUAGGAAAAGCAAAUGGAAAUGACUCACCUGCAGACUGGAAGAAGUUAGUUGUAGAAAGAGGUGCAUGGAUAUUUAAAAAACUAACCUAGGGCUGGGUGCAGUGGCUCAUGCCUAUAAUCCCAGCACUUUGGGAGGCCGAGGCGGGAGGAUUGCUUGAGCCUAGGAGAUUGAGACCAGCCUGGACAACAUGGUGAAACCCCACCUGUACAAAAAAUACACAAAAAUUAGCCAGGUGUGGUGGUAUACACUUGUAGCCCCAGCUACUCAAGAGGCUGAGGUGAGAAGAUCACCUGAGCCCAGGGAGGUUGAAGCUGCAGUGAGCCAUGAUUGCGCCACUGCACUCCAGCCUGGGUAGCAGAGUGAGACCCUGUCUCAGAAAACAAAAACAAAAAGAACUAACGUGCUAUUUUUACUUCAACUAAAACUUGGAAAGAGGAAACAUGCUGGAAGAGAUUACCAAAGAUUAAAAGUAGAGUGAAUAUAACCUAGAUAGAACAGAUGUUUUGUGUGAAAUUUAGUAUCUUUAACUUAAUAAACCAGCAGGAACUGUAUGAACACAACACACCCAACUGAUAAACAGAGAGAACUAACAUGUUUAUUUAGCUGUAUGUAUAUAUGCUUAACUACACCCGAGGAAGCUGUAGAGUUAGAAAAAUAUCAACCAUUAACAGAUGUGGCCUCCUUGCAGAACUUUUACUUUGAAAAAGAAGUACGUCUGAACCAGAUUCACAUGUUUGAUAUUUGGAUGCAGAGAAAAUGGGGCAGAAAGCAUCGCAACAGUUGGCUCUGAAGGACAGCAAAGAGGUGCCCGUCGUCUGUGAGGUGGUCGGUGAAGCUAUAGUCCAUGCAGCUCAGAAACUGAAGGAGUACCUUGGAUUUGAAUAUCCUCCAAGUAAACUCUGCCCAGCUGCAAAUACUCUGAAUGAGAUCUUCUUAAUCCAUUUCAUCACUUUCUGCCAAGAAAAGGGAGUUGAUGAGUGGCUGACCACCACCAAGAUGACCAAGCACCAAGCCUUCCUGUUUGGUGCAGACUGGAUUUGGACCUUUUGGGGAUCCGACAAGCAAAUAAAGCUUCAGCUCGCAGUACAGACUCUGCAGAUGUCUUCACCUCCUCCUGUGGAAUCUAAGCCUUGUGACCUUUCCAAUCCAGAAUCAAGGGUAGAGGAAUCUUCCUGGAAGAAAAGUAGAUUUGAUAAGCUGGAAGAAUUCUGUAACUUAAUAGGAGAGGAUUGCCUGGGUCUGUUUAUCAUCUUUGGUAUGCCAGGAAAGCCUAAAGACAUCAGGGGAGUUGUCCUGGACAGUGUCAAAAGUCAGAUGGUGAGGAGCCAUCUGCCAGGAGGGAAGGCUGUGGCUCAGUUUGUCCUGGAAACUGAAGAUUGUGUGUUCAUCAAAGAGCUGCUCAGAAAUUGUCUGAGUAAGAAAGACGGGCUGAGAGAGGUGGGCAAGGUUUAUAUCAGCAUUCUCUGACUUGGAUAUGUAUUAUGUGACUGGCCUGUAAGAGGAAAAGAAAAAAAGAUUCUAAUAAGCAAGCUCACCUAUUUGCAUCAUUCCAGCAUGGGAUUUUUUUUCAUUUGUUUUCCCAUUGAUUGAAAAUGAUUACUGGGAUCAAAGUACAUUCAUGUUGCAAUUACAGAGAGAGAGAGAGAAAAAAAGAAAACCCUGGCUCUGCCUAUGAUUUAAAAACAGGAAAAGUUAUAAUUUAGUUUAAUAUUUCAUUCACUUAUUCAAUAAUAAAAAUGGAAGAGAGAUAAUAAAGUCACAUUUAAAGUUUGAUUUG